AUGUGCUGCAAAGUUGCCUUGUUGGUGUUGUGCCUUGGAGUCGUGGCUCUGGCCGCUAGGCACGAGUUCAAAAUCGUAGUGGAUCCAAAAAUCGAUCGUUUGAAAAAGCAAACUGAUCUGCUGAGCGCGAGUAAUCCCAACCAAGUACCCGAUUGCUUCAAUACCUACAAGCCGAUCCUGACCCAAGCUACAAAUCAAUAUGAAACGGACUUUUCCAAGUGCAGUAGCACCUAUGAUCAGGCCUCGACCCAGAUUGAUGCCCAGUGGGCAAGCAACCUUACUCAGAUCUCGCAGAAUGUAAAUACUACAUGUGCGGAGAUAAAUAACUGUGCCAACAUUGUGGGCUAUAUUGAGGCGUUCGAAUGUUUCGCCGAGUUGUCCGCCGCAGACUCAAAGGCUAUGUACUCCAUUUCGGCCGAUGCAAAAAAUAUUUCCUCAGAUAUCCAGAAUGCGUACCAGACUAUUGAUUCGCAGCUGGCCGUUUGUGUGAAUAACGCAGAGAGUACCUAUGUAACAAGUACAACUUCGACUUAUGAGCAAUUGAACGCAUGCUUGAAUGGCAAUGGCACAGAAACAACAACAGCAUGGAUCACAACAGAUGGUACAUGGAACUCAACAGGCACUACAUGGAACUCAUCUGUUUCUUAUGAAAAUACCACCGCAAGAAGCAUUAACUCUCCAUAA